UAUCAAAGCCAUUUUUAUUAGCAAAGCAGUCACCCCAGAACCUCAACACAAAUGCGAGGAAGCAUAUUCCAGCCAAGGCCCUAUCUUCUUCUCAGCCAUACCAGGUUAAGGCACGUGUUUCGUUCUUUUGCCAAACUAAACACCUUCGACCCAUUCGAAAAUGAGAGCCAAGAGGGAAAAGGAGGGAAGGAUGCGGAGGCGGAAGAGGAGCCUUUGUACCUGCACAGGAGCAGGGGCCAGCACUUGCUCACCAACCAACGCGUGCUGGACGCCAUUGUGGGCAAGGCUGGGGUGGAGCGGACCGACACGGUGCUGGAGAUAGGGCCGGGCACUGGUAACCUCACCCUCACCCUCCUCCACCACGUACGCCAUGUCAUCGCGGUCGAGAUCGACCAGCGCAUGAUACGUGCGCUCAACUCACGUGCCUCUAUGCUAGGCCUUGCUCAUCAGUUAACAGUCAUAUCUGGAGAUGCACUAAAGACCCAAUUCCCACCCUUCGAUCUCUGUGUGGCCAACAUCCCCUACGGUAUAUCAUCCCCUCUUAUCGCCAAGUUACUCUUUGACCAAACCAUCACACCCUUUCGAAAUGCCACUCUUCUCCUUCAAAAAGAGUUUGCAUCUCGACUUCUUGCUCGACCCGGAGAUUCGGCCUUUAACCGCCUCGCUGUUAACGUUCAACUGGUGGCACACGUUCAACACUUAAUGGGUGUGAGCAAACGUGACUUCGUUCCCUGUCCUAAGGUCGACUCCUCGCUUGUGAAGAUUGUUCCAAAUUCUGUUAAACCAAAUGUAGAUUUGAAGGAGUGGUGGGCGUUUACUAGAACUUGUUUCUGCAAGAAGAAUAAGACAUUGGGUGCAAUUUUCAGGCAAAAGAAGAAGGUUUUGGAGCUUAUGAAGAGGAGGAGCAUGGUUAGGAAAGGUGGGAAUGAUGAGUGUGGUUUUGUUUUUGAGGAUGAUGAGAGUGAGGAUGAUGGGGAGGAGGGGGAGGGGGUGGAGGUGAAGGGUGGGGAAGUGAGCGAGUUCAAGGAGAAGGUAUUGAGUGUGCUAAAAGAUGGGGGUUAUGAGGACAAGAGGCCUUCCAAGCUUUCCAUUGAUCAGUUUCUGCAUCUUUUGACUAUGUUUAAUAAUGGUGGGAUACGUUUUCAUGCUCGAUAUUUUGAAGCUCACUGAACCAACUGCAAUGGAAGGUGGGUCACUAGGAGUGGCCUAGGAAAAGGUAUCCUUGUCUAAAAUAAGCCAAUUAAAAUGGUUCUGUAAAAGAGAGGCCACUCAUAUGAAUUGUUGCAUUUAUUAUCUCAUGAGUAUCACGUUUAGUUCCUUUUUUGUUUCUUCAACAAGGUCUUUUGGGAAGAUAUCUGCAGAAAACCAAGGUUACAAAACA